AUGUUAAUUCCUACGCGCUAUCUAACAACUGCUGGCGGCAGCGCUACUCUUGCUGCUGCAGCAGCAGCAACAGCAGCAGCAACGGCCACACCUGCUGCUAUUGCUGCUAAUCAUGCGGCCCUGGAUGGCGCCUUUAACUGCCACACACACAGCUGGAGAGCAUGCAGGGGCAGCAGCAUCAACAACAACGGGAGCAGCAGCAGCAUUAACUGCAGCAGCAAUAGCAGAAGAAGUACUAGCAGCAGCAGUAAUAGCAGCAACAGCAGCAUUAGCAACAGCAGCAUUAGCAGCAGCAGCAUCAUCACCAGCCUCAGCAGCAGCAGCUACUGCCUGCGGCUGCUAGAAUCCAACUUUAUCCGUAGUGGAGUCCAGCUGCGCCACAGCAGCAGCAACAACAACAACAAAAAUAGUAGCAGCAGCAGCAACAACAGCAGCAACAACAGCAACAAGCCAAGCGAUGGCAUCAACAACAGCCACAACAACAACAACAGCAACAACAACAGCAACAGCAGCUACAGCAGCAGCAGCAAAAGUUAUUGGGAGCAGCAGCAGCAGCAGCAGGAGAUGGAAGCAUUUGCUGCUCAAGCAGACAGCUGGUGGGACCCUAAGGGUCCUGCUGCAGCACUGCAUGCAUAUACACCUGUUAGGGUGUCUUUGCUGCUGCAGCAGCUGCAGACCCUUCCUAUAUAUCAGCAGAUACUCCGUUCCAACGCCCAGCAGCAGCAACAGCAGCAACAGCAGCAGCAGCAGCAGCAGCAGCAGCUUCCUCUAUUAGGUGUCCGUAUAGCAGAUAUAGGGUGCGGAGGAGGACUACUUAGCGAAGCACUUGCUGCUGCUGGUGCUGCUGUUACUGCUAUUGACUGCAACAAGCAUCUUCUUGCUGCAGCAGAAAGAAGACAGCAGCAACGAGGCCAGGUGCUGCACCAUGAUUAUCAUCAUUCGCUGUUACAUCUACAGCAGCAUCUGCAGCAACUGCAGCAGCAGCUGCAACAGCAGCAGCAGCAGCAGCAGCAGCAGGGAGUGUGUGUGGGGUGUCUGUACAGCGUGGUGCAAAACCUGCAGCAUUUGCUGCAGUUGCUGCAGUUACUGCAGCAGCAGCAGCAGCAGCAGCAGCAGCAGCAACCUACAGGUAGUUGGUGUGGCCCAGAGGCUUAG